AUGGCCGUAAAAGAAGUGAAUGCUGAAGGACAGCCUACUGUCAACAGCAACGGUGUUCCUCUAUUUAAGAGUAAAUUGACAAAGCAUGAAGAGGAAGUUGACAAUGAAGUUGUGUAUGAAUUUGGUGGACCUGCUGGUGCACUUGGUAUGAUGCUGGGCUUCCCUUGUCUCAUGUAUUAUUUCUGGAUCUGUUUGGAGUACCACCAAGGUCACCUCAUCACCCCCGCCUCCUACACCAAGGAUGGCAUCAUGCAAUUCCUCUCAGAAGAGAUCCUUGCAAAGAUCGCUGUUGGUGCUUACCCCACCUUCACUGCUGUCAAGAUUUAUAUGGGCUUUGUUGUGUACUCUUUCCUCUGUGCCUAUUUUAUGCCUGGCCCUGUCGUCAACGGUCUUCCCCUCCCUUCUUUGAAGGGUGGCAAGCUGCCUUAUCUCUGUAAUGCUUUGUCUUCAUGGUAUUUGACCCUUGCUCUCUCUGUCAUUCUCCAUGUCACUGGCAUCUUUCGCUUGACUUCCAUCAUUGAGAACUUUGGCGGCAUCAUGACCACUGCCAUCAUCUGGGGUUUCACCAUGUCAUUCCUCGUCUAUACCACCUCCAUGAUCAAGGGCACUCAACAUCGUAUGUCAGGUAAGCCCAUCUACGAUUUCUUUAUGGGUGCUCCUUUGAACCCUCGUAUUGGUCCUGUCGACUUGAAGAUGUGGGCUGAAUGCCGUGUACCAUGGCCUGUUCUUUUUUUCACCUCUGUUUCUUGUGCUUUGAAGCAAUAUGAGAUGCGCGGCUAUGUCAGUGGCCCUGUUGCCUUUAUGGUGCUCGCUCACUUUUUGUAUACCAAUGCCUGCCAAAAGGGUGAGGAAUGUAUUCCUACUUCAUUUGAUAUGUUUUAUGAAAAGGAUGGUUUCAUGCUCAUUUUCUGGAACAUGGCUGGCGUCCCUUUCACCUACGGCUAUUCUUCCAUCUACCUCAUGAAGUACGAAUUGACCACAGGAGAAACCAUCACCCACAGCUGGGCUUAUACCAUUGGUAUCUAUAUCAUGCUCCUUGCUGCUUAUUACGUUUUUGACACUGGUAACUCUCAAAAGAACCGUUUCCGUAUGGAACAGAAUGGCUCCUUCAUUGAUCGCAAGGCUUUCCCUCAACUUCCUUGGGGUAGAAUCAAGAACCCUACCUAUGUCAAGACUCAAAACGGUAACUUGUUGCUGACCUCUGGAUGGUGGGGCAUCGUCCGCAAGCCUCAUUACACUGCAGACAUGUUCCAAUCUCUCUCUUGGGGUUUGAUCUGUGGUUUCGGCUCCUUCUUGCCCUACUUCUAUUUCUGUUUCUUCUUCUUGGUCUUGACUCACCGUGUCUCCAGAGAUAUGGAGCGUUGUUCCAAGAAGUAUGGCAAGGAUUGGGAGGAAUACUGUAGACGUGUUCCCUACAUCUUUGUUCCUUAUGUAUUUUAA